AGCUAUUCCCUUCAAUCGCAACUCCAAAUUUCUAAAAUUUGGAUUAUGAUGUCUGAUCAAGUCUUCAUAAAAAUAGGCGUUAGUUUGUUAUCAGCUAUAGUUGUACCUAUUGUAGUGUAUUAUAUAUCAAAUAGAUUUGAACAAAAAAGCAAUAAAAACUCUAUAAAGGGGAAGAAAAAGUUAGAAAACAUAUUAUCGGCUAAAGAAUUGCAAAAUCUUGAUUCAUAUGAGUAUGAAAUUGCUUCAUCAAUAUCAUUCAAGGAACAAAACACAUCAUGGUCUGAUAUAGGUGGGUUGAAAGGGCUUGUUGACGAUAUUAGAAAACGUGUCAUAUACCCAUUUAUGUAUUUUCAUUUAUUCAAAUCAAAUUCUCCACUAAUUUCUACACCAAAAGGAGUACUCUUAUUUGGUAAUCCUGGGUGUGGUAAAACUUUGAUCACCAAAGCUAUAGCAAAUGAAAUAGGCUGUCCAAUCAUUAUAUUGGAUUUUUCUGUCAUUUUGGAUAAAUGGUACGGUGAAAGUGAAAAAUUAGUCAAAGCUCUAUUUUCCUUGGCAGAAAAAAUUCAACCAUGCAUUAUCUUCAUAGAUGAAAUAGACUGUAUAUUAAGUACACGCAAUUCCAACGAUCACGAAGUAUCUACCCGUUUAAAAUCUAUAUUCCUUACACAAAUGGACGGGUUCAUGUCCGUCAAAAACUCCAGAGUUUUAGUCAUCGGUGCAACAAACAGAAUAGAUAUAUUAGAUCAAGCUAUCCUAAGAAGAUUACCCGAUAGAUUUUUCGUUCCCUUACCCGAUGAAGAACAAAGGUGUCAAAUUUUGUCCCUAUUUUUGAAAGAUAUACCAUUAAACACAGACAUAAAUUUGAGGAACAUAUCUCAGCUAACUAACAAUUACACAGGUAGCGAUUUAAAAGAAUUAUGCCGGUCAGCCCUUUCAUUGCGUUUAUUCAAAUCGAACCCACGUUUACAUAAUAAUUUUGAGGAUGAAACCAAAGAUGAAGCCUUUUCUGCUUGCAAACUAGUCAAAGAUUCCGUCCUAGACGAUUAUAUUACAGACGUUACAUUAAGACAUAUCGAUUUUCUAGAAACGCUAUCACCUUCGAUCGUUCAAAGUUAUAAGUCUCCAGUUAUAAUAAAUGAAAAAUAUGAUUUGCAUUAAAUUGAAUCAAAGAUUAAGUAAAUA